AUGCACAAGGCCGCCCGCUCUGUGCGCAGCCCGAAUGGGUACGGCCAGGUCCAGACGCAAUUACCCGAGCGGGCACCGAGCUUGGUAAUGGGAGUCCCUGAACCACAGACGAACAUGCUGGUUGUAGAAAAAUUCGGGCAACUCGUCCGAGCAACUACAUACUUAUUCAAUCCCGCGAAUGUGCCCCUAUGCGCGCCGCGCCCAGAGAGCGCGGAGCGUCGUAUAGCCGCACGACUCAGAGGUGGAACCGUACGCCCGCUCUCCCUUGUCUCCUUCGCCUCUCAGUCCUCUAAGAUUGAAUUUUCACUGGAAGACGAUAGAUUCGGGAGCGCACCAAUCCAUCGCUUGCCAGGCGAGCUCCUUGCAAUCGUACUUGACCUCAGCUUGGACCAUGGCCCUCACAGCUCUGAACGCAUCUUGCGCACCAUCACAACCAGCCACGUCUGCCGCUACUGGCGCAACGUCAUGCUCGAGACCGCACUAUUCUGGUCGCUCAUCGACCUCCGUUACCCUACCAUCGGUCGCCAUUUCUGUGCACGAUCGCGUACGGCAGGAAUACAGAUAACCUUCUCCCAGGCCCUCUUCACAGACGUGCACGCGGUGCUCACCGCCGCACAGAAUUGGCUGUCUCCCCACAUCCGGCGGAUAGAAAGCAUCCACUUGUCGGCAUCCCAGACGACCAUGAAGCAAGUGCUUUACCUGUGUCGUUCUGCAUCGCCAGACAUCGCGAACCUUUUCGCAGGCCUGGCAAACAGGAUGACCGCUGGCCCGACCCUCUUCGUCGAGUUCCACAACGCCAGGAUCCGCCGCAUCUCGCUCGAUGGGGUCGCACUGUCCGGGCGGGACAGACUGUCUAUGUUUCCUGCGAGCUUGACGCGGCUAGCAUUCUCGCGGCUGCACCGCGACACCUGCCUGUCCGUCGCUCAGGUCCUCGCAAUAUUGAAACACUGUCCAAACAUGAAGGAAGUCGUCCUGCUCUCCGCACUUGCGCCGCGCCCCGGAGGUGCGACGGAGGAAUUUGACAGCAGCCUGCUUACGCACCUGCCUUACCUUCAAUCGCUCCAGAUCGGCGAUGCCUCGCGCGCCGCGGUUGUCUCUCUCCUCUCCUACCUCUCACUUCCGCACACCGCGACCCUUGGUAUCCACUGCCACGGCACGCACGACCUUCGCGCGCUCUUGCCCGCGGACCUCUCUGGCCUGCGCAUGUGCUGCCCGCCCCCAGGCCCGCACAUCUCCACCGCGCUGCAGGUCACCCCUAGCCACAUCGCGCUCGUCAACCAGCGCGGCUCGCGCCACCUCUCCUCCGUCCACUUCGCCGUCGCCCCAGACGACGUCCCGCACAUCCUCGCCGGUGCGCCUUCCCUAGGCUCACUCCUCGCAGGCGUCACCGGCCUGCAGGCCGCCAGCAGCGCGCCGUCCGUCCCCAUCCACGCGUGGGCCGCCACGUUCGCGUGCUUACCCCAACUCGCGACGUUCGAGCUCGGUGGCGCGUGGAUGUACCACAUCCUCCUGGCACUGGGCGCCGCCUCUGCGCCGCCUCGUGGUGGGAGCGCUGGCGUCACAGUGCCCUGUCCACGCCUGCGCUGCGUGCAUCUCGUGGACACUCACAGGAGCCCGGGCGUCAAUAUCCUGGACGCGCUGCGGCAGCUGGAGUCCCUCGAGCGGUGCCUCGCGGCACGGGCCCAGUAUCUCGGGAGCCCGCUCGAAAUGCUCGUCGUAGACGCGACCUUCGCUCGGGAGUCCACGCAGGCGCUGUCGUUCGUGCUGACACGGCUGGGGAAUGUUACAAGGAGGAUGGUGCUUCGUGAUAGGCGGUCGUCGCUGCUCAUUCCUAACUGCGCUUUUCUAUGCGCGGAUGGUACAGGUAUGGCGUUUAUGCCCCUUUGA